AAACACUGGUUGGCACCUUUGUACAUUGUUCUUCCAAACCACACAAACCAAACCCAUCCACCCUAUGUUCUUCUCCGUCACCGGCGGUCAAUGACCCCAACCCGAAAACCCACCAACCCAAAACACCAUACCCGAGAAACCACAAACCCUUCUUCUUCUUCUUCAUCAUCAUCAUCAUCAUCUUCUUCUUCUUCGGGCAUGAAGCUAAUCGUGCCACUCCAAGGCGUUGUUCAAGGUCGUGGAGGCUUACUCCUCGGUACCCUUAUCCCUUGUGCCCUCUUUUACUUUCUCCAAAUGUACCUCAAACGACGCCGUCCCACCUUUGACCCUCCUCCUCCUUCAUCCCCAAACCUCCCUCGUUCCUCUUCCCGCUCCAACUUGUCGACCCGUGGAUCCAUUUCUCGGGUUCGGGUCUCAAAGCUCGCUACCCACAUCGCCAAACCCGAUGAUGAUUCCCUCUAUUACGUUGGCUUGGAAAGAGUGUCCCGCGAUCCCUACGAUAUUUCCAACAACCCCAAUGGAAUUAUUCAGCUAGGUUUGUCCGAUAACAAGUUGUGUUUGGAUUUGAUUGGGAAAUGGGUGUCGCGGAACUUGGAGGGAUCGUUGAUGGGGAGUGGCGAUGUGAGUUUGUGUAUUAAUGGGAUUGCACCGUAUCAGCCCUUUGAUGGAUUGGGGGAAUUGAAAAUGGCCUUGUCUGACUUUAUGCAUCAGGUGAUGGGAGGAUCGGUGAAAUUUGACCCAUCUAAUAUGGUACUAACAUCUGGAGCAACUCCUGCUAUUGAGAUACUAUCCUUCUGCUUGGCAGACCCUGGAAAUGCAUUCCUUGUCCCCACACCUUAUUAUCCGGGCUUUGACAGGGAUGUGAGAUGGCGUCCAGGGGUAGACCUAAUACCCGUUCACUGUCGUAGUACUGACAAUUUUAAUCUAAAUAUCACUGCUCUUGAACAAGCAUAUAGUCAAGCAAGAAAACGUGGAGUCAAAGUUCGUGGAAUUCUCAUUUCCAACCCUUCAAAUCCUGUUGGCAAUAUUCUGACACAAGAUGCGCUUUACAAUCUUCUAGACUUUGCUGAAGAGAAAAACAUUCAUAUCAUAGCUGACGAAGUAUUUGCAGGCUCCACAUAUGGAAGUGAGAAGUUCGUAAGCCUAGCUGAGAUUCUUGAUUCAGAUAUAGACAAGAGCCGUGUUCAUAUAAUAUAUGGCCUGUCGAAAGAUCUCUCGCUUGCUGGCUUUAGAGUUGGGGUAAUAUAUUCAUUCAACGACACUGUUUUGGCUGCUGCCAAGAAGAUAAGUAGAUUUUCCUCUAUAUCUGCUCCCACCCAGAGGUUAGUUACUUCAAUGCUUUCCGAUAAAACAUUUAUUCAGGAGUACUUUGAAACGAACCGGAACAGACUAAGACAAGUUCAUGAUGAAUUUGUGGAUAGUUUAAGUAAACUAGGAAUCAAGUGUGCCAAGAGCAGUGCUGGUAUGUUCUGUUGGGCUGAUAUGAGCGGCUUAAUCCGACCUUAUAGUGAGAAAGGAGAACUUGAGUUAUGGGAGAAGUUUAUGAGUGUUGCUAAGAUCAAUAUGACUCCUGGCUCAGCCUGCCAUUGCAUAGAACCAGGAUGGUUUCGUAUUUGUUUUGCUACUAUAACUUUAGAGGACAUCCCUCUAGUUAUUGAACGGAUUAGGAGAGUUGUUGAAAGUUGUAAAUCUUCAAGUUGAAGUUCCAUUAUUUUCACUGACUUUUAUGUCUAUUGCCUGAUUUUGCUGGUAGAAGUUGCUGUUUUAGAAAUUUUGGGAAGGAACAUAUACACACCUAGUUAUCAAGUUCAGCUGUCUUGAGGAUCCCGGAUUUAUUACAUUGCAGAAGAAAAAUCUCUCUUACAAAGCAAAAUUUCAACAGGAUAAACCUCAACGGAGACUUAACUAAGCAAAUUAAAAGAGUUUGAUUUAAAAUC